AUUAUAUAUUCAUCUCCUGAAUCUCUUUUGUUGUAAUUAAAUACAUUUGAUUUGAUUUAUAUUUCGAGAUUCUUCCUAAAAUGCCUCCAAAGCCACGAAUUAACGUUCAAAACUUUCCACGUCCACCACUCCUCGAGAAAACACCUCGCCAUCUCAUAGUAAAAUACCGAGGACAAACCAUCGCCGAAACAAAUAAUGCAUAUUGGGUUUUAGAAACAUAUCAUUCACCCAGUUAACACCCCUUUCUAUACAACACUUCAUCAAUAUCCUUCUCCUCUCUCAACCCAUAACCUAACAUAACCACAGCAUAUUACCUUCCCGCCUCAUCCCUAUCCCCAAAUUUCAAUUUGACCCCAACUACCAAAUCCACCUUUUGUGAAUACAAAGGUUGGGCCACAUAUUACUCGAUUUCAUUACCCUCUCCAUUUCAUCCUCUUCCUGUAGCUUGUUCCUUUUCGGAUCAACCUGCUGCAACCGAACCGAGGGAGCAUGUAAUAUCCAACAGAAUAUGGUCGUACGAAUCUCCCACCCCUCAAUAUGAGGCGUUGAAAGGUCAUUUAAGUUUUUAUGCUGGGCCAUGGGAUUGUUUUGUGGAUGGAGAGAAAGUUAUUCCGCAACCGGGGGAUUUUUAUGGUGGGUGGACCACGAGUGAGUUGGAUGGCAUUAUUAAGGGGAGCGCGGAGACGAGGUGGAUGUGAGAUAUUGAUGUGGUAGUGUAGUUUAAGUUGAUAGAUAAUGUUGCUAGGGUACUCAUUUAAAUGUAUGAGUAGUUGUGAUAUAAUGAACUCUAUCUAGGGUGGAAGGUUUU